AGGAGUACGGUCAGGUAACGAAAGAUUCUUCUUCUAAAUAACCACAACAACUUUCGGAAUUCCGUUUGCGGAGUUCGAAUGCUAUUUUGAAGUUGUUUUUGAGAUUUUUUAAUCUCCAAAUGUCUUAUUUCAUGUUUAGACAAUUAUGAUUUGUUGAGUUUUCUCUGUCAAGUUAUGAACUCGUACAGAAGCAGACUGUUUCGGAUUGCAUCCGAACUGACAGAAUCCGAGGUAUCAGAUUUGAAGUUUGCUUGCAAGGAACACGUCCCAGCAGGGUUAUUGGAGCGGGUUUGCAGACCGCUAGAGCUGUUUGAUCAGCUCGAGAAACUAAAUCUCCUUGGACCUGACGAUGGGGGGUUUUUAGGCGCUCUUUUGGCCGGUAUUAACAGACGGGAACUUCAAGAUGAACUGUUUGGAAGAGAAGGUGGCAAUGCUCAAGAUAGCACCCUGGUUCUUAUUCAAGAAACACUAAAAGACCAUUACAAGAAUGAAAUAGGCUGGCUACAACCACUUACAUGGAACGAGUCAUUCCGUCUUCACAUCAAACAGAUUUACACCAACCUAGAACUGAUCACAACCAAACAGCACUCCUCAUCGCCAAGUAGGAAACCCCUGAAUAGCUAUGAAGAACUUUUUGUUACUUCAUCCAGGCAGAAUAAAACAAAGCGGAUUCUCAUUGAAGGAAAAGCUGGUGUCGGCAAGAGUACUCUUGUUUCAGAAAUGGCUUACGAUUGGGCAACCAAUGAAAACCUUGCACAAUUCUCUAUGGUUUUCUUCAUCGAGUUGAAGCAUGUUUUGGGACGAAUCAGUGAUGCCAUGUUUGAUCUUCUUCCCAAAGACUUCCCAAUAAGUUGUGAACAGUUGUACAAGUAUGUGCAAGGACACCAGGAACACGUCUUGUUUAUUCUUGAUGGUUAUGAUGAGAUUAAGCCCUCUAGAGUGGGGGAUGUGCAUGAUCUGAUAUCAGGAAAGAUCUUGCGACAGUCAACAGUCAUUUUAACCUCCAGGUCUAGCAAAGCAUCUAAGAUUCACUGGUUUAUGGACUUCAGGGUUGAAGUAAAAGGUUUUACAUCUGAAAACAUGCGCCAGUUUAUUUACAGGUACUUCCAAGAGGAUCCUGAAAGUGCCAAAAGUCUGAUCAGCGAUCUUGACAUGCACCCUGUGGCAGAGGACAUCGCCAGGAUCCCAUUAACAGCGCUGCUUAUCUGCGCCAUGUGGGGGGAGAUGCCUCACGCUCUCGUUCUGUCUACCAUGACGUCACUGUUCGUGGAAUUGACAAUUUGCCUCGUGAAGCGUCACUACGCCAAGAUGGACAAACAGGCUGAAUGCGAUCCCGAGGAAUUAGCGUCGCUUCAGGACAUCCCGCGGGAUCUGUACGAUGCUUUGUUGCAGCUCGGUGAGAUCGCUUUUGAGGGGCUGAUAGAAGAUCAACUCAUCUUUGAUCAGAAGGCUUUAGAGAAGAACUGCUCACACAAAGGCAUUUUCGAGCUAGGUUUUCUCUCACUUGAGAAGAGCUCAUCAAGGUUGAAGCCGGUACAAAAGUGCAGGUUCGUGCAUCGAUGCUACCAGGAGUUUCUUGCUGCCUUCUGGUUAAGUAGCAAGAUCAAGGAAGCACUCACGGACUCAUCGGUAUACGAAGAGGUCCUUGUUCAUGGCAUGAGAUGUGUCACUAUGAACAAGACAACCGUCUUGUUCUCGUUUACGCCGGGUUUACUUGGCGAUGCCUUCAAGGAGUUCUUGGAUUUAGUCAUCAAGGAAGGCAGCGUGAUCGCGGACUCCGAAGAGUUGAAGCAAAAGUUGUUUAUUUUCUGCCUCCAGGCGCUGUUCGAGUCUCAACAAGGCCAUCUCGCGGGUAAUCUCGCAGAAUACGCACCUGACGGAGUAAUACGUAUCACGGAAGAAGUUGAACUUUCGCCAUAUGACAUCCGAGCAAUGGCAUUCUUCGUACACCACUACCCAGGUGCCAAGACUUUAAUCUUCGAGGACACUUACCUUUCCAAGAGGCAUCUUGCAACCUUGGGAAGGUGUCUCAGUGAAAUGAAGAAUCUAAAGGAGCUUCAUUUUGUGCGCUCCUUUGCUGCCUCAGAUGCAAUGGAAGUAUUCGUCAGCAAUUUGAGUAGAGACCUUUCGCUUGAGAGACUAGUGUCUCUCAGGUCAAAGCUGUUAGGCAAAGAUUUUGCACAGGUUAUCAAAUGCUGCCCUCGUCUUAAAAGCCUGGACAUGGUCAAUAAUGAGUUAGGACAAAGCAUGGAACAAGUGUUGAUUGCCCUGAAGAGUUGUCAGCAGUUGCAGAGCGUCCGCUUCAAACAGGAGAUAAUUCUUCCUCGGUUCUGCACUCACCUGUGCUCUUUCGUUCGCCACAGUCGAACGCUCACUAACGUAACCAUUGAGAACUCGUCCAUCUCAAGCCUAGACGAUCUUUUCUCUCUUUUGGACUCGCUGCUGGCUUUAUCUUCUAAGCUAAGGUACCUAUGCCUUAGUGAUCUCUUGGUUCUUAAGAAGCAUAUCGGUGCACACCAAAGUGUGUAUUCCACUUUAGACAAUGUCGUGCCAUCUUUAAAGCUGCUAGAACAUAUCGACUUGUCCAGAAACAACUUAUCUAACUGGACUCGAAUGACCAGCACGUUUGAUGGACUCAAAAGCAUUAAACACAUUAACCUGUCAGCGAAUAAGAUGUGUGAUGCUGGUGUCGGCCUCCUAGCAAAAGCUUUGGUAAACCUGUCAAACUUAGAAGUCCUUCACUUGGCGUGGAAUGAGAUAACAUGCGAAGGUGCCAUUCUGUUAGCUGACUCUCUAUCAGGCCUGACCAGACUCGAGGCGUUAUCUUUGAAGUCUAAUAAGAUAGCUAACAAGGGAGCCAUAGCGUUGUUCAGAGCGUUAUCCGGAGUACCUGCCAUUCAGAGAAUCUUUCUUGCCGGUAACUUGAUAACUUCUGCAGGGGUGUGUGGCAUGGUUGAGCAUCUUCAAGGGAUGCAUAACCUCCGAUGUUUAAACUUGAAGCACAACCUCAUAGAUGAGUCAGGCUUUCUGGCAGUCACCCACGUGAUUCGUCAUCUGCCACAACUCCAUCAGUUGCUCCUUGGGAGCCCGGUAAUACCAAAAGACCAGAUGGAUUCAGGAGGUAUCGCUCAAGCGUGUGCUUCACAUUACACACACAUCUUCACACAGAUGUCUAGCGCUGGGUUCACACUGUUAAUGGAAGACGCAAAUUCGCAUCCCACGCUUGAAAGCAUUUCAAUCAGCAUGAAUGCCGUUCCCAAGGGCGUAGAUGCAGAAGGCUUACCCAAGCUAAAGUUCUGGGGCCAUUACGACGACCAAUAAAUUAGGCCAGGAGACGGCAAAAGAUCAAAGGGGACAACAACAAAGGGAGCCAGUGGACAACCAGGGAACAACAAUGACCAGUGUACAACCAGGGAACAGCAAUGACCAGUGUACAACCAGGGAACAGCAAUGGCCAGUGUACAACCAGGGAACAGCAAUGACCAGUGUACAACUAGGGAACAACAAUGACCAGUGUACAACCAGGAAACAGCAAUGACCAGUGUACAACCAGGGAACAACAAUGACCAGUGUACAACUAGGGAACAACAAUGACCAGUGUACAACUAGGGAACAACAAUGAUCAUUGUACAACCAGGGAACAACAAUGACCAGUGUACAACCAGGGAACAGCAAUGACCAGUGUACAACCAGGGAACAACAAUGACCAGUGUACAACCAGGGAACAACAAUGACCAGUGUACAACUAGGGAACAACAAUGACCAGUGUACAACUAGGGAACAACAAUGACCAGUGUACAAGCAGGGAACAGCAAUGACCAGUGUACAACCAGGGAACAGCAAUGACCAGUGUACAACUAGGGAACAGCAAUGACCAGUGUACAACCAGGGAACAACAAUGACCAGUGUACAACCAGGGAACAACAAUGACCAGUGUACAACUAGGGAACAACAAUGACCAGUGUACAACCAGGAAACAACAAAGAUGACCAGUGGACAACUAGGGAACAACAAUGACCAGUGUACAACUAGAGAACAACAAUAACCAUUGUACAACUAGGGAACAACAAUGACCAGUGUACAACCAGGAAACAACAAA